AUGCAGCUAUGCGACAGUCCGCAAAACAAGGGGGCCAGGAAGAAGAAUUCUAACAACUCGAAAGAAGUUGAGCAUCGGCCUGAGAAAAUAAAUCGCGCAGAAUUAGACGACGACAGCACUUUUCCAGUCCAGCAGUUUAGUGAUGAAGAGUCAAGGGCUCAGGGCCGUCAAGUUACGCACCCUAUACUCAGUUGCAUUUCGUCCACGGCCGUGUUUACAGCCGACCCGUCUCGGAGACAAGUGCAAAUCAGAACUCAGAUCCCAACGUUGCCAGACUUUCUGGCCGCAGACCAGUUCAAUAAGCACCUUGAGAAGAUAAGGAGCGGUAUUGCGCAGGCGAAUCUAGCGAGUGAGCUCACUCCGCUUCUCCCCCGACACAUUGCGACACGCCUCAUACAAAACUCUUUUGCGGAAAUCAUGGAGGAUAGGCAGCUCCUAGAUUUGGCAGGCUUCACCGCUCUUCUCAGCGACCAAUAUAUCGCCAGCUCUACCGGCCCAGCAGGAAACUUCGCUAGAUGGGCCAUCGUCAAUGCUAUGACUGCCCUUGCAUUGCGAUUCAAGGCUGCCCCAGGCUCCGAAGCUGACUUGAGCUCUAUUCCACUUGCCUUUUAUCACAAUGCCACGGCCGUUAUACACCAACUCAUCUUACAAGAGCCCAGCUUGCUUUCAAUUCAAGCACUUCUAGCAAUGGCCAUGUUCGUUGAAGAUACACCAGAAUCUACGGCUUUUAUUAUGCUGGGGACGAAUGCUUCACGGCAGCUGGAGCUUUUUAAUCGCAAAAUGCCUGAGGAUUUUAAAAGCAAUGGAACGAAAUCGAAGCAGCACCAACGCAUUGGCUUUGUUGAAAUGGAAGAGGACAUCUCUUUCUUAGCAAACUUCAAGUGUUUUCUAGAGUAG